AUGAAAUGGGGGAUGGAGGUGGAGGAGGUCGAGGUUUUGCUGGAGAAGAUCUGCGACCUCCACGACAGGAUUAGCGACGCUAUACACGCCGUGUCUAGGUCACAUUUCCUCAGGUCCAUGACUGCGAACGACGGCAGCAGAAUCUCCGACGAGAAGAAACAUCCAACAGUGGGGGUGGGAGGGGGGCCGGGGGACGAAUGGAAGAGGGGCUACGUGUACGUGAAGGGUUUCAAGCUAGAGGAAGACGAAGCGACCAUUGCAGAGGCAAGGAGCCUCAAUUCCGUCAGGACCGCUCUCGAGGACCUAGAGGAGCAGCUCGAGUUUUUCCAUGUAUGCCUCUCCCUCACCUUCUCUCUCUCUCUCUCUCUCUCUCUCUCUCUCUCUCUCUCUCUCUCUCUCUCUCUCAUAAAAAUACACGCAAACACACGCCUCAGAAUGUUUAUGUGCGCGCUUUUAAGGCAAAAUUUAUCAUGUCUCGAACUAUUGGUGAUUGUAACUAUUGUUUUCGUGUUCACACUUGUGGUCUUAGGGAUAUUGCCUUCCUAAAUUUUCUCAAUGCUUCUAAUGAAGUCCCUAUCUAACUCGGAGAAUGUCAUAUCCAUGCAAUAAACGCGACUCAUACCUCUAUUCUUCUAGAUUUUUCCCUUAGUCGAGUCAUCGUCGAGCAAUUCCUUGGUUUCAUAGGAUUAAGUUGCACAAGUAAUACGAUGGUUUCAUACCACUAACUGGUAUUUGAUACCACGUGGCUUCGUUGGAUGCCAGCCUGUCUGAAGAAGAUUGAAUAUAGGGAGGCUUAUUUGGUUCUGUACAAGAAGACCAAAUCUGCACAAAUGACUUAGAAAUUUUUGAUGAUUCUCUUCCUAUCAUGGACAGUUUUCUUUGACUGCCCGUUGAAUGUCAUCACGUGAGAAAGUCAACACGACCAAUUCUGUUUGGCUAUCUAAUGAGCAUGAAGAAUAGGAACAUUUGCCAUCACUUUUUCAAAAUCCAUAAAUUAAUGUCAAAGUAAAAAUAUAUGAUGGAGAUAGGGGAGGAGACUAACAGAUUGUAUCUAUUAGGUGAAAAUUUUAUGUCCUCAGGAAGAUUUUUGACUGUCAAUCUCAGUACAGCUUGUCAUGAUGAUUUACUAGAAGGUUGUUGAGAUACCUCUUAGAAACGGAAACAUUAAUGUCUAGAAAUCAAGAAGGAAACGUUUGUUGGUUGUCCAGAAAAACAAAGAAAUUAUGAUAUUUAACAAAAACCUUAGAACUUCUGUCUCAUAUUAAUAGCAUUGUUUUAAUUUUCUCUGAUCUAUCUAUAAAUCCAACGUUUUUUUCUUAUUAUUUUAGUCAAUUUCAAAAUGACGACAAGAAAAAGUUAUUGCGAACCACCAAUUCUCUGGUUGUUUGUUCCAUUUCACAAAAGAUUAAUAAGCUGCUGAUAACUGCUGAAAAACCUCAAGCGAACUACCAAUUCUCUGGUUUCUUAUUUCUGUUCAUCAUUUCUGGUUAGUAAAUUUAGACCCCUACACUCGUAAGCGGCUAAUAUAUCCUUCUCUUGAUUAGAGCCUUGAAGAUGCAUCAUGCAGAUUAAUCUGAAGGAGUUAUGCGCAUAUGGUCUCCUAGAUCCACCUUACUGUUCAUAGCAUUAUCCGAAGAGAGUGAGCGUCAAGUUGCUUGUUUGCUGGUGUAUAUAUAUUAUAAUCUUAAAUUUCAGAUUAUGGGUUCGAUAAUCACUAUCCUACAGACCUUUUCUCCUUUCUUGAUGGGAACAACUUGACUCUUGAUCAUGCUAUUUAGAACUGCUUCCAGCUUGCCAGAUAUGACACGAUUCCAUCCCUUCUGCUAUGAUAGUCUCAACUCCCAUCCGUGCAUUCUGCUCCACAUAUAAUCAACACCUCGGAUUUCAGCCAAUUCAUGUGCAUGCUGAUGGAAAAUUACUUGCAUCUCACUGUGGCAGGUAUUUCAUCACUGUGAUAGAGCUAGUGCUUAGGCAUAUUAAUUAUACCAACCAUGCAGUAUAGAAGUUUUUUUCUUACAUGGGUGGGUUUUCCUCUGUGCCUUUUUUUCUCAGACUGUCCAAUCACAACAAAGGGCGGAGCGAGAUGCUGCAAUAGCCCGGCUGGAGCAAAGCCGCAUCAUUCUGGCAAUGAGACUGGCAGACCACCAUGGGAGGAAGUACAAGGUCAUUGAAGAAGCCAUGGCCUUUGUUGGUGACGUGUCUGACGACUCCCAUUUCAUCGGACCUGGAUACACCUUCCAGAGUCACUCCAGUGGGAAACCAAAUCCUCGCCAGGGCAAGCGAUCCAACCCCGUGAUAGGCAUGCUGGUUUCCAGUCUCACACUGGCGAAGAAGUUCCUCGGAUUGGAUAGAUUCGUCGGUGCGCUGGGGAAUGCCACUCUUUUUACUGUCAGCAUGCUUGUACUCCUUCGCAUGCAGCAUGUCUCGAUGAAGAGCGAUCUCUUGCUGGAGCCCCCCACGGGUCAGGUACUAAGAUUUUAUGGCGAAGGGUCCGAGAAUAGAAAUUCCCGGCCGGACAACACUUCCUAUGGGGACCAGAGGCAACCCUUGGACGUGUUGGCCGCCAGAGGCUAG